AUGCCGUCAUUGGAUAGCUUGUUGGAUUUUGUUUCUCGACGGUGUAAAAUAUUAGAAAACAUCGGGACUACUGCGGAUAAAGUAGAACAAAAUGUCAAGGUUGUAGCUAAGAAAGGCAAGGGUGGUGCACCCGGGAAAUAUUCACUAGCUACGACUUCGAGCGGUGUAAAGUGCAUAUUUUGUGAACAAGAUCACCCACUUUAUCGUUGUGGAGCAUUUAAACAAAAAUCGGUCGCUGCAAGAAGGAAGUUUGUCAGCGGUAACAGUGUGUGCUUCAUAUGCUUAAAGUCAGGACACGCAGCGAAAUCGUGUACGUCAGGUUUUAAGUGCCGGAGUUGUAGUGGCAAACAUAGCACAUUAUUACAUAUAGACUACGCGAAGCCAGCGUCGUCAGUAUCGCACGAAGACGCCGAAUGUUCGACAGAGGGAGCGGAGUCGGUGGAAAAAAAGACAACUGCAACUGAAAAUCAAGUCAAGUUCUCGGGCACUGCGCGUACUGAAGCCACUGUUAUUUUAGGUACAGCUAUUGUGCGCAUGCGGGAUAACGUGGGAAAAUUACAAACGGUACGCGUUCUUUUAGACAGUGGUUCCCAAAUUUCGGCGAUCACUUCACAAUGUGCCACUCGUCUUGGUUUAAGGCAUACGAAGAGCAGAAUAGAGGUGACAGGACUCUCUCAACAACGAGUAACUAAAGUAAAAGGUGUCACUCAAUGCCAAUUUAUUCCGCUUCACGCGGAAGGUCCGCAGUUUUGUGCUACUAGCGUCGUCAUUUUGACGCAUAUCACCAUGCAGUUACCUAGCGAUAGAAUACCUUCGGCGGUGCGUGAGCGGUAUCACCACCUGUUGCUGGCUGAUCCGGAGUUCGACGUACCCGGACCGAUCGAUAUGUUGUUAGGAAGCGACUUGUAUCCACAUUUGUUACCGUCAAAGGCCGAUAUUAUUCACAGUAUGGGUCUGCCGUCAGCCAUGAAUACUCACCUUGGAUGGAUUGUGGUAGGAGCAUUAAAUGGAACUUCAACGUCGCCCAUGGUGUCAUUAUCUGCAGUAUCGACGCCAGAAAUCGGAAGAUUAAUACAAAAAUUUUGGUCUGUGGAAGAACCAGAUGUGCCGAACAGUUUGUCAACGGAAGACGAGCAAUGUGAGGUAUGGUUCCGGAAAUCAACUAUUAGAGACGCAUCCGGACGGUUUGUAGUAUCAUUACCGUUUCAGUCGACGGUGCGCGCUCUUACAGAGAUGUCAACAAGUCAGACGGCGGUAGUUCAAGGCGGGAGCCCGGAAGAUUUAGGUUCCUCGCGCGCUUUAGCAUUGAAUCGUCUGUAUAAUUUAUAA